AUGCCCAAUACCGACUCAACCUCAAACAAGCUGGACACCGUCCUUGCCAAAAUGGACGACUUACUCAGGUCGAGAGACUUACGAGAAACAAAGUUGAAUAGUAUCCUUGAGAAAUUAUCCAGUUUAGAGAGUUCACAGAAAAAAAACGCUGCCGACGUUGAUGCCCUGAAAGACAGCUACUGCUCACUGGAUGCGCAAAUGAUAGAUGUAGAUAAUGAGCUGACUCGCAAAGUGAGUCGUGAAGAAUUAGUGUCAGUUUAUAAGAAGAAGGAGGACCUGGAAAAUAGGUCGAAGAGAAAUAACAUUCUCAUCUGGGAUCUCAAGGAAGGUGCAGAAGCCACACACAAUUCCUUAGAAUAUUUCCUGAGGGAAAUAUUGGUAGUGGAUCCCUUUACUGGCACCAAAAAAAGUACAGUGGCUAGAGGAACAAAGUGGGAAGGGGUCGCCCAAAACUUAAACAAAAUUCAGGAAGUGUACUUCAAAGUUGAUAAGAGGGCAGUCCGUGACCGUUACAACCUCCUUUCAAAGGAGUUGAGAACCAAAUUGAAAACAGAAGAACGAGAGAGUGGAAUCAAAACUGAUAUGACAGAAGUGGAAGUCACACUAAAGGAACUGAUUGAGAAAGAAGAUGCAGCUGAGACAGAACAAAGAGUUGUUGACAACCAGAAGAAGAUGAAAGACAGUCAAGAAAAAGAAAAUGCCGAGAACAUCUGGAAGAAGGCUAUGGAAAGACUUGGACAAACUCAGAAAAGACAAGCUGAUGAGGGAGAAAGCGAAGGCAAAAAAAGGAAGAGAAGGUCAAAUGGCAGUGACACACUAAACUUUCUAAGAGGAAAAAAUGAACAGGUUCAGGCAAUCCAAAAAGAGGAAUUCGGUCUUAGGAGACAGCAGCUGGAGCUUGAGUCCAAGAAACAGGACAAUUUCAUGCAAGUGAUGCUGCAUCAGCAACAGAUGCAGGACUUUCAGGUCAUGAUGGGUAUGCAAACCAAAUGCCAAACUGAUUUGAUGCUAAUCCUUGUUAAUAAGUUAAUGGGGAAGAAGUAAAAUGUUCUCUUGCAAUGUAGUAAACAACUUGGCAACGUUGAGUUUACAGAACUUUGUUUUCACAUGUGAUGCUGCAUCAGCAGCAACGACAACAAAAGCAGAUGCAGGACUUUCAGGCCAUGAUUGGUAUGCAUACAAAAUAAUAAAACGAUUUGAUCCUAGCCCUUGUUUCUAAGUUAGUAGAGAGAAAGUAAAAUGUUCUCUUGCAAUGUAGUAAACAACUUGGCAACGUUGAGUUUACAAAACUUUGUUUCCACAUGUGAUGCUGCAUGAGCAGCAACAACAAAAGCAGAUGCAGGACUUUCAGGCCAUGAUUGGUAUGCAUGCAAAAUGAUUUGAUGCUAGUCCUUGUUUAUAAGUUAGUAGAGAAGAAAUGUUUAAUUGCAAUGCAAUAAACUGGGAAACAUUUGAGUUUACAAAACUUUGCUUUCACGUGUUUUGAUCUGAUUGUUUGUUAAUAUUUUACACAGAAACAAAUUAAUGCCCUAAGGAGGAAGUAGGGUACCCGUAGUGCUAGCACUCCCAAAUUUCUUCUUUUUUCAAAGACAUGGUUACAAGCCAGGUAGGAUUACCCUGGCACAAGGGUAACCCUAGCUGAGCACUAGCGGUUACCGUAGCACCAGAUUAACCGUACCUGGCUUGUAAACCCUCUGCUAGGGAGAAGUCCUUUACCUGGGACAACUUUAUUUGUGCUCCAAGAAUUGAAAUAUGAAAAGAAAAAAAUUGUGACUUAAGAAAGAUUUAUAAAUUCAAAACCUGUUUCAGUUUUGCUUUGGGUAGAGAAAAUUUCUAACAACAGCUUUUAGUGACAAAAUAUUCCCAGUCAUGUUUGUUGCUACUGUUGCUGAAAUAUUUGAAGAACUGAUCAACUACGUAAUUCAAGUGACAAUAGUAUUUGGCAAUAGAAUUAUUAUUGUUUGCUAGUGAUAUUUACCAGGUUAACUAAAGUGUGAUAGGACAGAGUUGUCCUGGGUACCAGGGUAACCCAACUUCAUUCUACCUGUACACUCAGGCAAUCUUCGAUCUUCUCGUUAGGGUACUCCUAGCACUUGCCUGCUUGCAGAAAGGGCCUAAAUGAGGUUAUUUAAAAUAGUUCACAAUGUCCCCAAAAAGCCACCCUACUGAUUCACACACAGUACUCAUGGAGGAGUUGAAGGCUUGCAUGGCAGGGGUUAGAACUGCACUUCUGAAGGGAGCCUGGAGAUGGAUGUGUAGAGGGUAGGCAGGGUUACCCUAAAGGCACAUGGCUUGACCAGUUGGAGAAAAUGCAUACCGCUGCAGAUCAUUGAGCAGGCCAAAAUCUGCCAACAUCCCAGCAUCGGGCUUUCUUCCUUCUGGAAUAAAAUUGGUAACCAAAUUAAUGAACAUUCAGAUUAGUCAGAAACCUGAUAGGUCUCCACCAAGUUUUAUUUGGGGUGUGUGUUGCACUUCUUAAGACCCUUACCGUACCUUAAUUUAGACCUUACCUAACCUGAAGGUCAGUCUCUUAACCAUUGGGGCUAAGGCUAUAGGGUCAGGGAUUACUGAGAUUUUGGUCUAGACCUGACCAUGUUUUGGACCAGACCCCACCCAGGGAUCAGAAACAUUGAAGCCUUGAAACAGGUUACAAAGGCAUCCUUGUGUUUUUAACAAAUACUAAUUGGGUUCGUGUAAUUAACUGUUAUGAACCACAAGCAAUAAAUCUUACCUACAGGACCAUACCAGUUGUCCAAUGCUGCACCUUUGUCAGAGAUAGCAACUGCAUAUCUCUCAAGGCUUACAGGGUCAAGAAUUGUGUUGUUCCACUGCGUGAUUCUGUGUCCUUGUGUAUUGUAAAUUUAAUCCAAAACAAUGUUAUAAAUCAUGCUUAGUUCCGGUUCUGGUCGGCCAAAACGAGGGACUAAAUCAGAAUAGCAACAAGGGUAGGUCAGUAGUCUUAAAAGCACACAGAGACCUUCAAUUCCAGGAGCUGUCAUACCUUGAUGGCAAACAAACGUUUCGGGAAUAUCGAGUGCUUCCACAAGUAGUGGAAUUUCAGUUUUCCUAAAGCGAAAUUCGGCUUUGCAUUCUGUAUCAUCCAUCGCGUCCAUGUCAAAUAGUUCGUACUGUUCAUAUGGAAAUUCUGGAUUCUUGGAAAAAUGUUCUUGAUACAGCACAAAAAAAUCAUCUUCGUCUAUAGUGCCAUCGUUAUAGCUAUCUAAAAGAAGAUUUCUGGCAUCUUUGUAGGACGUCAUUACAGAAAGUAUCGGCGUCGCCGUCCUACACGAAAAUACAGAUUCUUAAGUAUUUUGUAUUUGGCGGGAAUGACGGGGCCAGGCCUAGUCUCGCUUGUCCAAGGCUGUCCCUGUCCUAGCUUCCCGUCCUUGUUUCCUAAGGUCCCUACUGAGGUGACGAGGGCCCAUCAAAUGAAUGUCAACCAAUGAGCCACAGAGGCAAACACCUCUCCAGUUAGGCUGAUUGAUAUCUAUCCUUUGAGGUAUUCUGACAAAGUUCAAAUUCUUAAAGUCGCUGUGAAUGCUUUGAAGGACAAUCCCUUUCUGGGCAGUCAGAUUUUUAUUUCUGAUGAUGUCUCAAAGAACAUGUGUAAAGAUCGAGCAAGCUUCAAAAAGACUAUCUCAUGGGGAUUAAAGAGAGAAGUGAUGUCAAAUUUGCAUUCAUACCUUGUUGGUACCGGCACAAAUUUUGUUCAAAAUUAAAAUCUUUCAAGUUUCCGGAUGAGGUAGGCAGGUGUGGUCCUUUGCCUUGCAGAUCUUCUGGGAACUUGCUGACCAGGUGUUGGGGUUGCUCUGUUGGUUGUUGGGACUUGUGGUUGGCUAUUGGCUACACAGGGCGAAGUGAUUGUAGUUGUAUGAUGACGGUUAAUUGUGAAGUCGUCAUCCUCUAAUUCCAGAGCAUCCACUUCUCUAUGUCUGUCCUCCUGCUGGACGAAUAGCUUGACAUGUCAUGUGUUUCGCCUGUGCUGCUUCCCCUGUCCAUCCUCAAUAAUGAUUUGAGUGCCAUGCAUCUUUACGAUUUUCAUGGGGUUUCAGUAGAACUUUGUGGAAUAUUUGUUGGUGUGCCUCUGUGACUAAUACAAAAUCAUCUAUCUUGAGGUUUCUCUUGGAUGCGUUGGUAGGGUGAAGAGCAUCUGUGCUGGCUUUGAUUUUUUUCUCAUCAAGCUGGAUGCCAUUGGCUGAGGUAAUGCGUCUGAAGGCAUUGAUCUGUGGUACGGCGAAAGAGCAUUUAGGUAGUUUGAGAGUGAUACCACUGUCUGCUAGGCACAUCUAAAUGUUGUCUAAGAUAUUAGCAGUUCCUGGAAUUUCUCUGACGAGGUCACGAAUAAAUUUGUGACAAUGGCUGUGGCCGCACUAAGAAAGUUAACUGGGUUUAUUUUUUAGAAACCUGGUUAAAAAUUCUAAACAACUCAACGCAGUUAAAGGUUGGUUAUAAUAAAAUAAUGGGGUUAUAUUUUAGGAGCGGCCGCACUGAAAUGGGUUAUGAAGUGAGUUAACUCGAUUGAUGUCACGAGAUUAACCAACAAAAUGGCAGACUUCGAGGACCAUGUUAUAUUCUCGAUUCUUUUUCUUUGUUUUCAUUUCCUUUCUCUCCACUCAUGGCUAAGGCAGUCCCUCUUCCUUCUAAUGUGCACUACGCAAAUUUCUAAAGCAGUUCUUUGAAACAUGAUGUUAAUUUCGCGUAGACGUCAGGAUGUUCUCCAUCGCCAUCAAAUGAAUUGUCCUCGAGUCUGGGUAUAUCCGAGAGACCAGCGAUGGUUUGGGGAAAUCCAUAGAAAUCCUGCCAUGCAUGGCUUUUUUAGAGAGCACUUUCGAAUGAGCUUAAACUCCUUUCAAGCCCUUUGUCGUAUUCUGUUGCCAUGUAUGGCAAAAAGAAACACUCGCUUCCGUGCAGCGGUACUGACAUGAAAGCGUGUGGCAAUUGGAUUGUGGCAUCUAGGAACUGGAGAAAGUUAUCGCUCUACAUCUAUUACGUUUGGUGUAGGAAAAUGCACUGUGCUUAACUUUAUUCACGAAUUCAUUCGUACCCUGUUUCACGUCAGAGAAGAUUACAUUUCUUUUCCAUCCAAUGGAAGGGAAUUAGGAAACGUAAUGAACAAAUUUGAAUUAAAAUAUGGCCUACCCCAAGUUGCAGGCGUUACUGAUGGGAGCCAUGUAAAAAUUAAAGCCCCUCAAGAAGAUCACAAAGCAUAUUAUAACCGAAAGCAAUGUUAUUCGAUUGUUCUACAGGGAGCAACUGACUCAGGAAGUGUUCAUGAUGCAAGGAUUUUUUGUUGAAGCAAACUUUUCAGGCAAAUUUCUUCGGGUGAUAUAAUGGAAGGGACUAGGGUCAUCAACAAUGUAAACGUGAGGCCAUAUUUGAUUGGGGACACUGCCUACCCCUUUUGUCCUAACCUCAUGACAGCCUACCACAGCGGAUGCUUAACCCCCGGCACAACAAAGGUUUAACAAGGUGCUGAUGAAGCUACGCGUUGUCGUGGAAAGAGCUUACGGAAAGUUAAAGAUGCAUGGGCGAUGCAUUCUAAAGGAAUGAGAGGACAACACAAAGAGUCGCAGAAGUCACACUAGCUUGCUGCAUUUAACAAAAUUUCCAUAUCAUCAUGGAAGACAAUUUCGAUGAUUCUGAUGAGGAUGAAAGCAGUCUAAUCUACUAUUUCUUUAGCUUUUGCAAUUUUAUUUUUGCAGAGCCCCACUG